CGAGUUCUCUUUAUUGAACAUCCAUGCCCUGAGCCGAACAACUGCAUCCGCCUUCACGGCUGCCUUGUUGAAGGAAGUAAAGUCUGUCAAACAUGAGUUUCCACUACGGCCAGGGCUAUCCAGUAGGAAGUAACCCCCCACCAGGUGCUCAAUACGGGGGAAGCAGCGGUCCCUACGGGCCUACACCCUCCGCUCCAUACGCAGGUGCAGCGCAUCAACCAGCAGGUCCUUAUGGUGCUUAUGGAGCCCAAGGUCAAGGAGGGCAGUACGGGCAUCGACCAGGGGCUGCCCCCGCCGGGCAGUAUGGGGGUUAUGGAGGACAACCGCAUGGAGGACAACCACAUGGAGGACAACCACAUGGAGGACAUUAUGGACACCAUGCUCCUGCAGGUAACAUCCCUCCCGGUGUCAGCCAAGAAGCGUACCAGUGGUUCCACACUGUCGACACGGACCACAGUGGAUUUAUCAACCUAAAGGAGCUGAAGCAAGCGCUUGUCAACUCCAACUGGUCUGCCUUCAGUGACGAGACCUGCCUCAUGAUGAUCAACAUGUUUGACAAGACGCGGUCGGGUCGAAUGGACGUGUUUGGCUUCUCAGCACUGUGGGAAUUCAUGCAGCGGUGGAGAGCGCUCUUUCAGCAAUACGACAGAGACCGCUCAGGCUUAAUCAGUGGCACGGAGCUACACCAAGCCCUCGCUCAGAUGGGCUACAACCUCAGCCCCCAGUUUUCUGAAACGUUGGUGCGGCGCUUCACCGUGCAAGGCGGGCGACCCGGCGUCCAGCUGGACCGCUUCAUCCAGGUGUGCACCCAGCUCCAGAGCAUGACGCAGGCCUUCAGGGAGAAGGACACGACCAUGACGGGCAACAUCCGCCUUAACUACGAGGAGUUCCUCUCUGGGGCCGUCACCAGGCUCAUGUGAGCCUCGCUCCACUGGCAGUCCCUCUGCACUGUGGAUUCACAGCAGCAUUCCAUGUUCGGGUCAUAUUUUGCUCAGUUGUCAAUGCUCUACCAUAAGUGCCCCCACCUGUUGGUAUACAGUAUCAGCCAGAACACAUCCUUCCAUGGCUUUUUGCUGUAAGUAGAUAAAGCCUUACAUCAUGCUCUUGGAAGUUCAGUGGCUAUUCUAAAGGCGCCUAAAGCCUUUGCUGGAUGGUUCUACUUUCACCGGGGGGAGGGGGGUUACGCAGAUUGUUGUGUCAUAAUUAUACCAUAUAUGUCGUGAAUAUUUCACCUCUGAUGCAAGAGAGCAUUUGUUUACACGUGUUUAAGUCACUGAAUGUUGAUCCCCCCCCCCUUUAAGAAGUGCAUGACAAUAUUCAUGCUGAACUUCAAAUUGGUACCUUUGCUCACAUUGUUAUGAUGUUCCUGUGCCACUAAAACAAUAACCUUUUAAUGUACAUCAGCAAUAUUCAGCCUUCCCAGAGGGUGUUUCCACGCAAUGGUUAGAGCUUUUCACUGAACAGUGCUUUGCAUUGUUAUGCGUGUAAUUGAGCAAAAUAGGGCACAUUUUUUAAUAUCAGUAUUAUUCCACUGUCACAUUUCGUAGGGUGUUAAAACUCUGUAACUAAGUGAUUUAAGAAAAGAAUGAUUUUAUUAUUAUUUUUGCUACAUGCUGUAAGACAGUGUCGACCAUAAACAAACAUUGUCAGGCCAAAAGAUAAGUGACUUAAAAGCACUAACACCGUGUUCCCUGUCAAGUUUGCCACUUUCCCCUGAAUUAAAUAGGAUCUUUGGUGUUUAUUGGGCCAGUACUUUAACAGAUACAACUCCACUGAGGUUUAUGUUCUGAAAAAGGGUAAAAAAAAAAAAGCCAAAAUUGUUCUUAAUACCAAAAAACAAAUAAAUGCAUUUAUAUCACA